UGUCUAAACACCGAUUAAGCGGUGAUUGUGUGACAUAUUUGCGUGGAUUAGUGUUGAUUAGUGUUGACCAGUGUUUGAUGUCCACAAUGAAGACCAUCACCACUGGUGGUCGUGAGAGGGAAGCCUUUGAGAAGUGCUAUCGAGUCGGACCCGUCCUCGGGAAGGGAGGCUUCGGCACCGUUUAUGCCGGCACUCGACUCCGCGACUCAUUAGCCGUGGCCAUUAAGCACAUCAGUAAGGAUAAGGUGACGUCUUGGGAUGCGUGUUCUGGCCAUCGAUUACCACUUGAGAUAAGUCUACUGCGAAAAGUGGAUCACAUCUCAGGUGUGAUAAAACUGAUUGAUUGGUACGAAAGAAGCGAUUCAUUCAUCAUAAUAAUGGAGAGACCGGAAGCGGUGAAAGACCUCUUCGACUUCAUUACGGAGAAAGCAGUUCUGGAGGAGAAGUUGUCGCGACUUUUCUUUCGACAAGUGGUGGAAACUGUGAGCGCCUGUCAUAAGGCGGGUGUUAUUCAUCGGGAUAUCAAAGACGAGAACAUAUUGGUUGAUAUGAGGACUUAUACGUUGAAAAUAGUGGACUUCGGUUCGGGCGCCUACUUAAAGGACAGCGCGUACACCGACUUCGACGGUACUUUUAAGGAAACAUUUGCACAAAUGUUCGGUCGUUUCAGUCAAUUGUACGGCAAUGUAGCUGUUGUUGAGUAUUUAGAGGUCGUCUCACGGACUCGAGUGUACUCUCCCCCGGAGUGGAUUCGCCACAACCGAUAUCACGGCCGCUCAGCCACUGUGUGGUCGUUGGGAGUGCUCUUGUAUGACAUGGUUUGCGGAGACAUACCAUUCGAGAAGGACUCCGAUAUCCUUUCCGCAGACGUCCGGUUUCGACGCAAGUUGUCGUCCGAAUGUCAAGAUCUGAUCCGAAAGUGCCUUUCAAUCAGUCCGUGUGAUAGACCAUCACUUGAGGACAUUCUAUCGCACCCUUGGAUGUCAGCCAAGUUAGAGAGUGGGGUCUCAUCGGGAAUACCAGUGCAGAGCAGACGUACGCCCAUAGACUCCCAGUCAAUCAGUGACCAGUCGUCGACCAGCAGUCAAAACAGUCACGAAUCCAUUUGACCUGAAUUUGAAUUUAGGUUUCAUUGAAUUAAUUAAUUGAAUUCGUUUUCAUUUAUUUAUAUUUUAUUUCAUCUAAACAUUGAUUGAAUUGUAUUAUAUUGUAAAUAACUUAAGAUUAUUUUAGGAAAUUAUUAUUAUAUAUUGACUGACAAAUGAAAGUAUAAAAUAUAGACUAAAUAUUUGUACAUUUAUCGCAACUAAUUAAACCAUUUUCACUGCUCUAAUCAUUUAAUGAUACGACACAUUAGCGCAGAUCUAUAUUUUUAUAUCAAUCCUUACAAUCAAUUCAAUAAAAACUCAAUUAUUUGGAAUUCAAACCAUUAUAACUGUACUUAUGUUUCACAACAUUUUCACUGAUUAUAUACUAUUUAUUAUUUAUUCAUUACAAAUGGCUUUCAAUAUGCAUUCAAUUGACAUGUAUUUUGCAAAUAAACCGAAAUAUAAUGUUUUAUAAUAGAAGUUAUAGUGCCUUCAAAUUUGCUAAAUUAAUAAUGUUGUAAGUCUUCUCAAACUGACCACUCUAUAUAUCAUGCAAUUUAAUGUCUAUUAAUCUAUAACUCAUAAACCCUUUAAAACUUCCUAUUUUAUAACGUUUAUUAUAAGUCGGUAUAACUUAUUCACUGAAUCAUUCAGUAUUGAUGUGACCAUUAAUCCUAUUCUCUACACAAAUGCGAGUUUCAAACUCAACAUUCAUUGUAUUAUAAAUACAUUAUAAA